AAAGUAAUGGCUGCUCUGGAACGGCGGGUGCCUUGUCUCGAUGAUUUCGUGGGCCAAAGCUGGAGCGUCUGGACCGAAAGAGCCAACCUGACAGCAUCGGAGGGGUCCGAUGGAGAUGAAUACAGCAAGAAUGGAAAAAAGACGAUGGAAACCAUGACACUGAGGAAAGAGGAUAUGUCCAUUUUUGGACAUUAUCCUGGUCAAGAUGACUUCUACCUGGUGGUGUGCAGCCACUGCAGUCAGGUGGUGAAGCCUCAGGCCUUCGAGAAGCACUGCGAGAGGAGGCACGGCCCUCUGGGUAAGCUCUAUGCACACCUCCGCUCCACUCCACCUCCAUCCCAGCAGCAGAGACCCCGUCACGGACACACGCCACCAUCACACGGAGCCACCGCCUCCUGGAGCGGCAGGAACCAGAACGUGGGGCCCCCGCGAGCAUCUCCGCAAUCCCCAGCUACACCGCCUCAGUUCAGACACUCAAAACCUCCGAAAGAUGGAGUUUGGCACUCGCCUUCAAACUCUUCAAACUCGGCUCAUUCAGAAUCAGCUGUUUUUAAGCAGCCUCCUCCAAUUGAGCCCACUCGAAGCUCUCCUCCCCCGGCCCACAGAGACCCUCCAUGGCCACAUGGAGGCCCUUCGCCUAACCGGCUGCCACCUGCAGCUGAAAGACCUCAAUCACAGAGAGGAGAGGCGGCAUCGGCCCCUGUCCCCUCCGGACACCUCAGAGGAACCAAGACGCACAAGAUGGUCUCUAAAAAAGAAUGUGACCUUGACAAACACUGUGGUGUUUUGGACACUGAGAGAAAGAAAGUGUGUACUCGACUUCUGACCUGCAAUAUUCAUUCCAUUCAUCAGCGCAGAAAAGUGCAGGGCAGAAGUAAAAACUUUGACCAGCUGGUGGCGGAGCUGAAGAUGAGCUCGAAGGCUCGUGAACGGGUUUCUCAGGCACCAGAGAGUUCCUCCGCUCCGAGUGUCAGUCCAGAACCGCCUCGAGAUACACCUGCACCCCCGUCCUGCCGGAGACCCCUGACCAACAGCCCAGCAUUUAGAACACCUGUAUCAUCUGAAAGCAUAGAGGAGGAUAAAACCCAUCUGGAGGAAAGCAGCACUCGAGCGCACUCACCUCUCACACAGGCCCACAUCUCAGGUGAUGAGAGCGAAGGAGAGACCAACGAGGAGCCUGCAGACUGGCACUCCACUCCAUGGCAUCCCAAACCUGCAGCGCUUUGUUCAUUUGGAAGUCAUUCUCUGGGUCACGGUGUCUUCACUUUUGAUCGACGGUUACACCAUCUACGGUCUGCCAUGAGUGCCAUGGUGGAGAGCCAUCUCAGUGCCCAUCUGUGGAAAAAAAUACCUCAAGCAUCAGAUCCUCAAUCCCAGAGUCCCCAAGCCAAGCCUGCAGCCGUUCCUGCCUCUCCUUCCUCCAUUUCCCAGCAUUCCAAACCAAGAGCAGGAAGUCACAACACGACUUCCUCUCUCAAGACUUCCUUCUACUCUUCCCACGGACCAGGCAAGGAGCCAAACCCGCAGAGUUCCUCCACCAGCAAGGCUUAUGCUCAGUCCGAGAACUCUGGCUCCAGUAAACUCGGACGAUCUCCUUCUCAAUCGGGCCCCGGGAGGCCCAAAAACCCAGUCGGGCGACCCAGCAAACAGCAGAUGCGUCUCAGGGAAUCAGAUCGGACGCCCACACCGGACGCCGCUGCACUGCGCAAGCGAAAAGCCUCUUUCGAAGACUCUGACUCAGCCGUCAGCCCGGACAAGAACUGCGUGCCCCAGAACAAGAGUCGUCCUCUCAUUAGCAAAACACCACCGUCAGCCUCUCACGGACAAACUAACGGCUCGCUUUCGCCCGGAAGCAAAGCAAGGCCCUCGGACUCUCUGUAGGAGGAGAGAAGAAACUCAGCACACAAAAGCCAAAAUUGCACCACUGAGAGUGCCAGCCUUACAAGCCACUAAAAGAGCGAGCCCUAUGAACUCUACCAUACAGAGCUAUGGACGCAGGUCUCGGGAUGUUUGACUGUACGUGUGCGCAUGUGUGUGUGUGAAUGCUACUUUGAAUGUCAGUUUGUUGGUAUGUAUGUAUGUUUGUGGGUGUGUAUGAACCAGAUGGGGGCGUGAAUUUCUCUGUGAAUUCAGAAAAUACCUCAGAAUCUACUGAACAAUGCUGCUACGUAAAUGUUGUUUAUAAAAUGGAUUAAAAUAUUCUUUAUACUCA